AUGAAUUAUCUCACCGCAGAUGUCCAAGACGAGACCGACUUCCCUCCCCGUGACCAAGCACCAGGACUCCGUGGCCUUGACGGGUCGCUGCGCUGUGAUAUCUGCGGAGAGCUGUACGACGCACCGGUGACGAUAGCCUGCGGGCACUGUUUCUGCUCCGCCUGCAUCAGGAGCAGCCUCGCGCUGAAGCAGGAGUGCCCUAGCUGUCGGGCAUCAGCUGGAGAGGUGCAUAUACGCCCGAACCCCAUUCUGGAGAAAGUCAUCUCUGAUUGGAACGACGCCAGGCCAUUCAUCCUACGCCUGCUUAAGCAGGACGACGAACGCGCAGCAGCGUCCUCAUCAGAGAUAGCAGACAAGGACAAAGGGACGUCCAAAAAACGGAAACGAACGCCGGAUUCAAGCAAGUCCCAUUUCUUCGACUCCAAUAUCGCAGGACCUUCCAGAAAUCCGCUGUCUCCAAAUGGCAAGAGCAUACGGCCCUCAUCUCCUCCUUCAAGGCCGAAGAAGCUGAAGCCCAAAUCAGACGAAGUGAUUGAUAUGACCAUUCCCAGCUCGGACAUCGAGGAGGAUGAGAUGCCAGCUGCAAGGUCAGGUAACCUGGUGCCGAAGGCGGACGACCUUGUUAGCUGUCCCAUAUGCCAGAAGACAGUGCGUUACUCGAAGCUAAAUGGACACAUCGACAAGGGGUGCAAAGACCCACCUCCUGCAAAAACCGCCGCCAGCGCCGCAUCGACAUGGUCCAAAAUCAUGGGGGGAAGCGCAAGAAACGGUCAUCAGAAGGGAAAGCACAAAAAGAAAGGAAAUGGAGUUCACGAUGAUGACUCUGAUGAAGAUUAUCCCCUUCCUAUCGCGACGUACACGACGCUCAAGGAUAGACAACUGAAGGAGAUGCUGCUGGACCAGGACCUGCCGCUGACCGGAGAUCGGUCGAAUUGGGAACAACGACACCAACGGUGGGUGAUGCUCUAUAAUGCGAACCUGGACAGGUCGAACCGGAAAACCAAGGCGGAGCUCCGGCGCGACCUGAAGAAAUGGGAAGAGGACACUGCGAAAAAGAAGAAAAUCGUAAUACACGACGUGAUAGGAUAUCAGAUAGAGCACAAGUCAGAAUUUACGAAAUUGAUUGACGCUGCGAGGCAAAGCAGUAAAGCCAAAGCUCCAGCAGCAUCAGGAUCAGCUGAUGCCGCUAUUGUUCCUCCUGCGGGGCCUGCGUCUAGUUCUCCGCCGUCGCCUCCUAAAUCCAGCUCAUCACUGGCCGAGUUUAAGCCCACGGGGCUUCUGCCAGGAGAUAACAUCGUCGUGGACUCCGAGGGAGAGCAGUAA